AUGGUGGAUGGCACGGAAAAAUAUCUUACUCCCGCCAAUCGCACUAGAAAUGGCAAGCUCUUGGUUCCAGAUGCGCCUGCUGCGGUGCCUCAGGUAGUGGUGCAUCCUGUGGUAGCAACUCGAGCAACAGAUCAAGCAGCACCCCCUGCGCCAGCACCUCGAGCAGCAGCCCCUCGAUCAAUACCACGAGCAAGAGCUUAUAUGGCAGCAAGCCAAGCAGAAAUCGACCCGGGCCUUAUAGCGUCUAGCCCGAGCCUGCAGAACCAGGAGCAAAACCAGGAGCAGAUCCAGGAGUCGGAACCGAGGGGAAAGAAAAAGCCCAUCGUACUCACGGGCUGCAGGGCUUGCCACCUACGCAGUAUCAAGUGUAAUGGCGACAGACCUUGCCUCCCCUGCUCGCACUCAAACGUGUCCUGUACCUACGACAAGACCAUGGUGAACGGCGAACCUAUGUAUCUCAGAGAUGAUGGCCACACAAGAAACGGUGAGCUCGUCGUCCCGGACUACGACCCGAGCCUGCCCACCGCCACACUGUAUUCCUGGCGCUCAGCUUCUGGUGCUCGUGCAGCUGAUUUCGAUGUGUCGGUUGACCCGUUCCCUGUUGGCGAUACCUAUCAAGAUGAGGAGGAAGAGAUUCAGCAGAACGAGUGA